AUGGAUCUACCAACUACUCCGACCUCUACUGCUUCUUCCUCUCCCGAUUCGUCCUCCAUCCAGUUGGGAGAGAAUCGGUUACAAAAAGUGAUAACGCCUACUCAGACAUUGCAACGUUCAAUAUCUGCUGCUAGUGAAAGUAGGCCUCACACUACUAACGGCAGCUAUUGGAAGGAGAAGGCCUUGGGUCGGUUGAAGCGGCCUUCGAUCUUAUCGCCAAAGAUGAAGCGCUUUCGGCGUGUACGGGCAUCGUCAGCGCCCUCAUCAAGAGAGUCGCAACAAAAAAGCCCUCCAGACACUUUCCCGCGGAAGAAUAGCACACCAAGUAGCAUGGCAGAGCUAUCUUUGCGGAAGCCAGUGAGUGAGCUCUCAUCGAUGCCAUUUGGUGGAGACCCCUCUCUUGCACAGGAACCGGACAUUAUCGAACAGAUUAAAUGGCGAAAGAAUGCAGCGUACCAGAACAAGUUGAAGGAGAUAGCCGCCAACUCGCCAGUGCAUUUGUUGUACCAGUCGUGGAAAGAAACCAGGGGAUACUCAAACUCAGUUUCUGUGUUUUGGAACCACAUGAAGUUUUACUUCAAGACACAAUUCGACAAGGAUGACUACGUACCGUUCAACCCUGACACUUAUACAAUAUCAGAGGAGUACGAGGAUAUAUCGAAAUUCGAAUGCUUUGGGCGUGCAGUGUCACUCGAUAUGAAGGAACUUACCCCAGAUUGGAGAAAAUUCCUACCAUCACCGCCCACAAGUUCUGGCAGUAAAGAAACAAAACCUGAAGGCGCAGCUAAAGUUGCGUUCGGUCCACGACAAGAGUUUGAAGUGCAAGAGUUUGAUUCAGAAGCUCCGGCUACAUCCUGCUCCCGCGGAGGGGUAGAAAGACCCAGUACUUCGAUGAAGGGUUCCUUAAAGCCGCCUUCAAGACAUACCCUUGAAGAUGAAAAGUUCUGCUAUAGGCAGACUACAGAAGCUGUGGCUUACCCCAAUGAUUGCAUUCGAGGUUUAAUCUAUAAGCUCUACAAUGUAGUGGGCUACGACACAGAAUUGGCUGACGUGAACGAUCUUGCAUUUAACUUAGAAGUCCUAGUAGCAUGCAUUGCCAGCAAUAAUAAAAAGGUUAUGCGACGCUUACUGGAUAAGAACAAAGAGACAGCCUUCUUAAGGAAUAGUAUCCGUGAUCUGUGCUACCAAAUAAACGAGAUGCAAAUUACCAUAGAAGAAUUGGAUUUCAAAGUGUCUCAGUUGGAUGAGAAACUAAAUUCGGAGAGAGAGGUACUGAAACGGAAAGCGAAAGCACAGAAGGAAGAGCUUGCGUAUUACAGGAACUUUUAUGACAAGAGGUUCACAGCAUUAUUCAACGAACAAUCUAGCCUAAUUAACGAUAUGAACAAGUUUUUUAAGGAGUCGAACUAUCCUACCUGGAACAGCGACACACAGUCAGUCAUACGAUCCUUUGCUACCACAAUUGAUUCAAGAAUUGGAGAGUUUGGUAUAUUCCAUGCCAUGAACAGAGAGUUAAUAAGUGAGAAUGAACGCUUGAGGAAGGAACUUAAUAUUUACAAGGACUCUCCAUAUUUGGAAAAGGAAUGUCAGCGGCUAGUUCAAACUAUUGAAGAAAAGAAUGAGACCGUGGCACAGCUCAUGAAGAUCAAGGAGAAUUACAGAGAUCUGCUUGUCAAGAAAGCUGCAAUGCAGAAAGAGUUAGGGGUAUUAAGAGACCAUGCCGAGGAACUUGAACGCCAAAUGAGUUCGAUGGAAGAUGCCCACAGGAAGCAAGUCCGAGAACUUUCCAAGCUUCCGUUAAAACAACGCCGGAAAACUCUAGGUUUCUUUAAUGAAAAGCUAUACCAAGAAGAGAUCCAUAGUUUAGAACUUCAAUUAGAGGAAGCGCAUGACAAACUCCUAAUUUCUGCGGAGGAAAUAUCAGAGUUGCACGAAAAGAUUGCACAUAUAGAGUCUGAGAAGAACGCGAUAAUAGACGAAAAGAAGGAUAUUGUUGAGAGCCUUAUGAGUGCAAAGGCUGAAUUUCAACAACGAGAACAGGAACAUUUGACGGCUACAGAACAAUUGGAGACUGAGUCUGAAAUCAAAAACCGCGUUCUAACCAAGUGCUUGCAUAUAAUCAACAGGUACCAAUUUGAGCUUCAAUCCUCGAACUGUGAGAAAAAGCGCGACAAGUUCCGUACUGCCUUUCAUUAUAUUACUAGGAGACAGAAGGAUUUGAAGGAAAUAUCUGACUGGAUUGAAACCGAAGUAAUGAAGCAGCUAACCUCUAGACCGGCGAGCCAAAAGGCCGAGGAAGAGGACCCAAAUACGCUCUCAACACCUGGAAAUUCUCCGUACAGGACCCAGAGCUCUUCUAUUUAUUCCACCAUGCAGGAAGUGAACACUCUAGCAACCCCAGUCCCAAUUCAGCCUUUCUCUCCUGCCCCAUUACUUCUAACAAACUUCAACGCACAUAUGACCAAAGAGAAGGAUGUUGCAAUUGGUCCGCCACCAUCACCACAUGCAGAUCACGAUUACUCCUCGGACGAAACGGUGGCCUUGGUGCCUGAUGAACCAUCCCCUGUCGAUGACACACCCGGCCUUGAGUCCGCUGAAAACCACGAAAGCGCAACUGUGGACACCGAACGCCCGGAAUCAGUAUCAAGGCUCCCAAUGGAUUUUAGGUAUGGCCUUGACGGCCUUGGCGCCCAGAGAAUGAGCCAGCUAAUGAAGGGCAGGCCGAGAACGGAAUCCACCGAAGAGCUCGAUUCUACCAACCAUGCUUCCUUGAAGAUAUCCGAGAAUUCCGGAACGAUGUGGAGCAACAUUGACAAAUCCCAUGAAUACAAAGAUGCCGACAAGGAGAAGGAAAAAGUCACCCCUACUCGUUUCAUCGAACUAAUCUCAUCCGACGAUGAGUCCUUCUAA